ACACUGUUUCUUCUUCCCUCUGACGUAAAACGGGGAUUCUCUCCGGUGUUUGUGGGGUGAAGGGGAGAGACACAGAGAGAGGGGCAGAAAGUAGAGCUCUAAACCCGGGGAGGGGUCACCAUUGGAUCAAAAGCGAUGGGGAGGAGUGGAUAGAGGACUGAGGAAAGAGAGCAGCGAUAUAGGCCAGAGAGAAGCAGGGGAGGGGGUGCAGCCUGCUCUCCUCCCUGUACCAUGCCCAGGGCUGGCUUGUUGCCCCGCAGCCUCCGGCGUGCAUGGACUCGCAGGGGCAUUGAGACAUCGCAGGGGCAGAAAGGAUCCGGCCAGUAAGACAGCUCGGAUUGCAGACAGUGUCCGCUUCUCCACAACAUCAUCUCCUUGUAAACAUGAUGAGUGCGGGGGAGAGCCAGCGGGAGAGUGGAGGAGUGGGGGAGAGUACUGAGCGGUGAGAGGGCAUGGAGCAGUCUGAAAGAGUCAGGGAUGGACCCCUCUGGGACCCUCUGGCAGUUCCUCCUGCAGCUGUUAGAGGAGCAGAGUCACCGGCAUCUCAUCUCCUGGACGUCCAACGACGGAGAGUUCAAGCUCCUGGACGCCGAGGAGGUGGCGCGGCUCUGGGGUCUCCGCAAAAACAAAACGAACAUGAACUACGAUAAACUGAGCCGUGCUCUGCGGUAUUACUACGACAAGAACAUCAUCAAGAAAGUGAGUGGGCAAAAGUUUGUGUACAAGUUCGUCUGCUAUCCCGAUCCCGGUGGCAACGAGGUUUCAAAAGAAGACGGAAAAUGUAGAGAGUCUGCGAGUGACCCGAGCCAACCCCCCAAAUCCGCAGACAGCUCUCCCUAUGUCCCCAAAAUGGUAAGGAGCAGCUCGAAGACCAGUCGUAACGAGUACAUGCGUUCUGGCCUCUAUUCCACCUUCACCAUCCAGUCUCUGCAAGGCCCGCCAAGCGGCCCAGCCAGGACUAACAAACUGGACUCUUUUCCGACCAGCGAGCCGAUGUCCACGGUUGAGACCAAAGGACCAGACAUGGACGUCUCGUCGCUCGAGCCGGCCGAGCAGGAUGAUGGAGCCCUGUCUGUGGAAGUCAACAUUCACAGCUCAGACGAACUCCAGUUACACGUCACUGUGGACCCCCCUACGCCUGAUAUUAAAGUAGAGGACACUGCGCUCGCUGGAACCGAGGACAUGUCGGAGCCACAGGUUUUCCUGACGUCUUUACCUGAGUUAAAGGUCCAAAGCUCAGAAGAACCACAUACGCAGGAGAUUGUGGUACUCAUAGACUCUCCAGAGAAAGAAGACCUCAACAUGAAGACAGAAUCCCAGGAAGGAGAGAAGAAGGAGGAUUCUACUCCAGCCACGUCCAACGAGGGGCCUCCUGGAAAGGGGAAGAAGCCAAAAGAUUUAGAACUCCCCUUCUCUGCUGUGCUUGGCCAGGAAAAGAUGAACCCUGGAGUAAACUCGCUGCUGCCGCCUGGGAGCGCGUCAUCUGUGAUCACGUCUCACUCUCUGACCCCGCUGCUACUCACCCCAAGUUCUCUGCCUCCAUCUAUUCAUUUCUGGAGUACCCUCAGCCCGAUAGCUCCACGGAGCCCGGCCAAACUCUCCUUCCAGUUUCCCACCAAUGGAAGUAACCAGAUUCACGUGCCAACUCUCAGCGUGGAUGGGCUGUCCACCCCGGUUGUCCUCUCUCCUGGACCUCAGAAGCCAUAAGGAAUCCAUACCGGCCCAUCGAUUCCUCACGGAGAUUAAAUGUCUUACAGUACACGCGCCAUUUCACCAUACUUGAGCUUCCUAGGACGAAAUCCGCCGCAAUACCAAGAUUGCGUUGUGUCUAACUAUUAAAGGACAUGCGUGUUUUGUGCUUUGACACCAGUGUGGACACAGCCCGUCCCGUGAGCUCUGGCUCCUUCUGUCUCCACGAGAAGACCCCCGCUCCUUGUGAAGCCCGCUUUGGAAUUGUGUUUCUGAUCCAGCUCCUGUCUAUCCUACAAGAGAAUAAAACGAGUCUCUCGUCAAGUUUGCAAACAGAAUUCUAAUCAGGUUUAGAAAGAAGCCGAGAAUUGUUGACGUGUGCUUCACACGCGUGAUUUUUCGCUGCUCUGGUGAGGACAGCACAUGCUAUUAAAAGGAGGACUUGAAGAAAGGACUGAAUUCAUUAGGUUUUUUUAAGAGCACUACGGGAAGGUAGAUGAGCGGCUACCCAAAGAGAUGGCACUAAUGGGCCAGCAGAAGCAGGCCAGACGUGGUCACUGCUGGCUUUCAGGUAGAAAUCUUAAUGUUUAUUUACUUGGUGGCCACCGAGUUUAUCAGGGAAAUGUUCGGUGGCCCCGAGAUAUUCUGUGGGGGAUUCCUGCUACCUGAAUUUGCGUAGAAAUUGGAGAUAUAUUUUGCAUGAAUUCCCUUUUGAGAAAUAUAUAGUUUGGAUAAUUAUUUCUUUACUAAAAUAUUUCAUCUUCAGAAACCCCCUUUUUACUCGGGUUUCUGGAGCGGCCUCAGAGAUCACGAGCUUUUCUAUUUUUAUCUUUCAGCAGACAGUGGAAAAUAAUUUGUAAAAUAUUUUUUUAAGGGUAAA